AUGGCUUCUCCAAGGUACUCUGUUCUGUUCUUUUUACUCUCUGUUCUUGUUUCUUUGGCAAGAUCAGAGGACGCCCAAGCUCUUUUAGAGUUGAAAGCUUCGGUAGAUCCAUCAAACUCGCUUCAAUGGCGAGGAAUAGAUGUGUGUAAAUGGCAAGGAGUCAAAGAAUGCCCGCAAGGAAGGGUCACAAAGCUUGUUUUAGAGCACGUAAAUUUGAGCGGUACAUUGAAUGAGCAAAGCCUAAACCAAUUAGAUCAGCUUCGAGUUCUGAGCUUCAAAGACAACACAAUCUCCGGCCAAAUCCCAAAUCUCUCCGGCCUCACCAAUCUCAAAUCUCUCUACCUCAACAACAACAACUUCUCCGGCGAUUUCCCAGCUUUCGUUUCGCUUCUCCACCGGUUAAAAGUCAUUAAUCUCUCCGGAAACCAAAUAUCCGGCCACAUACCCGACUCAUUACUUAAGCUCCGGCGACUAUACGUUCUCUACUUGCAAGACAACCGGUUGACCGGUGAAAUCCCGACGUUGAACCAAACUAGUCUGAGAUUCUUCAAUGUCUCCAACAAUCAACUCUCCGGUGAAAUCCCACUCACUCCGGCAUUAGUAAGAUUCAAUGGGUCCUCAUUUUUUGGCAAUAUUAACCUCUGUGGUCACCAAAUUCAGAUUCCCUGUAAUAGUUUGGCUCCAUCUAUCAGUCCUUCUUACCCGAUUCUUCCCACCAAAAAAUCAAAAAGAAAGCACCAUAGAAAUCGGAAACUCAUAGCUAUAAUCCUAGGAAGUGUUGGUGGGUUUUUGUUACUCUGUAUUUUAGCAGCAUUAAUGGCGUUUUGUGUGAGAAAAAGGAAGAAAAUAAGCAAAGCAGGGGAGGUGAGGAACAAAGGGGUGGUUGUUGAAGGAGAUGGAGAAGAAGGGACCAGCAAUGGAGCUGGUGGCAGGGGAGGUAAUAAUGGUGGAAAACUGGGGGGAUUUUCGUGGGAAGGGGAGGGACUAGGGAGUCUGGUGUUCUGCGGACCAGGGGAUCAGAAAAUGAGUUACAGCUUGGAGGAUUUGUUGAAGGCUUCGGCGGAGACGCUGGGGAGGGGCAUAAUAGGAAGCACGUAUAAGGCGGUCAUGGAGUCGGGGUUUAUAGUGACGGUGAAGAGGCUGAAGGAGCCGAAGUACCCGAGGGUUGAAGAGUUCAGGAGACACGUGGAGGUGCUUGGUUGGUUGAGGCAUCCCAACCUGGUCCCACUCAGAGCUUAUUUCCAAGCUAAGGAGGAACGCCUUCUUGUUUACGAUUACUUCCCCAACGGCAGUCUCUUCUCUCUCAUCCACGGAACAAGAGCUUCAGGUGGUGGGAAGCCUCUUCACUGGACAUCCUGCCUUAAAAUAGCAGAGGAUUUGGCUACUGGACUGCUUUAUAUCCAUCAGAACCCUGGUCUAACACAUGGCAACUUGAAAUCCUCCAAUGUAUUAUUGGGGUCCGACUUCGAGUCCUGUCUCACUGACUACGGCCUCACCUCAUUCAGAAACCCGGAACAUGAGGAGUCCAGUGCUUCUUCCCUCUUCUACAGAGCCCCUGAAUGUCGUGAUGUGCGAAAGCCCAUCACGCAGCAAGCCGAUGUCUACAGUUUUGGUGUUCUUCUAUUGGAGCUCCUGACUGGCAAGACUCCUUUCCAAGACCUUGUUCAAGAACACGGUUCAGAUAUCCCUCGAUGGGUACGAUCGGUCAGAGAAGAAGAGACCGAGUCUGGUGAUGACCCUGCCUCGAGUAAUGAGGUCUCGGAGGAGAAGCUUGGUGCUCUUUUGAACAUCGCAAUGGCUUGUGUCUCGCUUGCACCCGAGAACCGCCCGGUCAUGAGGGAAGUUUUGAGGAUGGUCAGAGAAGCAAGAGCAGAAGCUCAAGUGUCUUCCAAUAGCAGUGACCAUUCACCAGGAAGAUGGUCAGAUACUGUUCAGAGUUUACCUAGAGAUGAACAUUUAAGCAUUUGAGUGGUAGAUUAAUUAGGCAGCUCAAAAUUAUGUAUUCCGAGUUUUGAAUUUUAGAUUUGAUUCUUCAAUGAGGCAUUGUAGAGUUUCUUCCGUGCAUUGUAGAGCCUAUUGGUGUAAUGACUGUUCAUUCAUGUUCUUUUAUAGUUUUAGUUACUUCUCAGUUUGUUGGAACAAGUUUGG